AAGCUGUGCACUCGUCUGUGCACACUCAGCUCCAAGAAUACAAAGGGGACACGCUGACCUUCACAUUUCUCCCAGAGACUUCAGCCAUCUGAACAUUUCAAUAAUUCAUCAUGGCAACGAUUCCUCCCCAAGAAGGCAACAAGUGUAAAUGAAACCAGCAGCAUAAUCUAUUCAACACUCCCAAUACUUCUAAAUAAAGGAGCUGGAAUUUAGAAAAUAACUUCUGUUUGGGGAAAACAUAAAUCUUGGGGGAUGUUUUUUGUAGCUUGAGAGUAGGAGUAGCAAAUGUUCCUAGAAGAAACUGUGACAAUCAUAAAAAACAUAUUAAGAACAUAUUAAAUAAUACAUCACGGAGACAGAUGAUAAACCAUAGUAGCGCCUUACUUGGACUUGAAUUAUUUAGUUGUAAUAUUCCAUUUCAUAUGCAGUCAUAGGAAACCUAAUAAUGGAGAGUUUCUAGAUGGUGUGUUUCUCCUAUAUUUGUUAUGCUGCAGAUUUUCAUGCUAUAGCCAAAGUAACCAAUACUAACUUUGGUUAGUUUGGGGUAUAAGCAGUGCAGUUUUACAGUUGAGUGAAAGUUUGCGCUGUUUAACAAUAUGUCCUUUAGUGCCACCAUCCUUUUCACUCCUUCUCCGGGGCAAACUGAUGGCAAGUGUGGAUGCAAAACUGAAAGCACUCAAGGUGGUUCGGUGACUGUUGAUGGACCAACUCCAAUUACUGUUACCGGUCAAGGAGUUUCAGUACAAGGAUGUGAGCAACUUUUGCAUCUUAUCUAUCAGCGUGUGGAGAAAGCAGUGGGACUUGCUGAAUCUGCUCUUAAUGUGGCCAAAGCAAACAGUAGUCUCCUAAGCCAAUUACAGGAUGAAGUAUGCAGUUUAAGAAACAUGCACGAAAGGUCAGGGAGACCAAUAUCACCACCUGAUAUCAGUACACAAUGUAAGCUGUCUGAAGAGGAAGACGUUGAAGAGAUCAGAGGAGUGCAGGUUGUCAUAGAGGAGCUCAGGCAGCUAGGUGCAGCAUCUGCAUCAUUAGUCCCUGGACUUCAUCCACCAGCUGUGGAAAGGACAAAAGAAUGCUGCUUGCCUACGUGUCCUCCAAAUGAAGCACCAUCCCUUCUAAAUUCCAACUAUAUGCCGGCUAUAGAUGAUUUUUUAACUCCAGAACCAACAGCCCAAAGGAUUUUGCCACCCAACUUUGGGAAGCCACUGACAGAUUCUCAUCCUCAUAGGGACACAGUGGAAGCUCUGAAUGAAGCAACUCCUCCAAUCAUGAAGUCAACACAUUCCCAUCUUCUGAUACAGAAGGAUGGCUCCCUUAGUCCUGGGGGCUUGAUUAUGGCGGAGACUUCUCCAGAUGCUACUGACAUGAGGUCUCCCGUGUCACCUCGAUCAUUUGUGUCAUAUUAUACUGGCACAAGUUCUCGCCAACGAAGCAAUGGUCAGAAAUGUUCUAGAAGAAAACGAGACCUAGUUUUGUCUAAACUGGUGCAUAACAUUCACAAUCACAUCUCAAAUAAUAAGCGCUUCAAUGGCUCAGAAAGCAUCAAGUCAUCAUGGAAUAUUUCUGUUUUAAAAUUCUUGGUGGAAAAAUUAAAACAAGAGCUGGUGUCCAGUGCCCAUCGUUAUGCCGACAAGGAACUAAAAGGUGCCUGUGUUGCCUACUUUUUGACAAAGAGGAGAGAGUAUCGAAACUCCAUGAAUCCUUUUAAGAGUCUGCGGGAGAAGGAAGAGAAGAAGUUGAGGAGCCGUCGAUACAGGCUGUUUGCAAACCGAUCCUGGGGUGUGCAGCAGUUUUCUCCAGAAGACCAAGCCUUGUGGGAGGGUGUUACAGAAGAGUUAAUGUCCGAUGAAGAGGACAGUCUGUCUGAGCCGGGGGUAUGGGUAGCCCGACCACCUCUUUUCCGAGCGCCCGAGCUCUCAAGACUCUGUUACAGCAUUGACUCGCAUUCUAAACAUGGCAAUAAAGCCAAUCGCGUUUAUGGUGCUCCCUCUGACCGACUGCCUUCUGCUGAGCUCCAGCUAUUGCCCCCGCACCUUUAUAAUCCUGACUGGGAAAGGGAGGUAAAUGAAGAGGAACUGGCGGGAGGCCCAAGGGGAAGAAAAUCAUUUUGUCCUGAUCUCAACUCUUUUAUACAGAUAAAAGUGGAGAAAGAUGAAUAAGACGUUGUGGAUCAUCAAUGCACAAACAUUUCUUUUCAUAAAGGUCACACAAUACAAAACUGUGAAGGAAGGUGUAAACAGUGAAGGUGACCUGUGAGAAAGGGCUAACGUCCAUCGCAAAUAUUAAUGAAAACUGCAAUUGUGUUCCUG